AACUAUAGUUGCAAAUGUUGUCUGACGUGCGUUAUGAUGUGGGCUAGCUAAAGUGCUCAAUAAAAAUAGUCUCAUGUAGGGUCCGAAAUUAACUCCCGCCAAGCGCCAAAUGCGGGUAGAUUUUCCGUAUGGCGAGUAAAUAUCAAAAGGCUAUCCGACACACUGGCGGGUUAAUGUUCAUACCAAAAUAUUAAAUUUUCAGCGCGCAUGAGCAGAGAAAGAGAGAGAGCCCCGGCCGCGCGCGCGCACUCCAUAUUCAGAGCGGCCAAAGCGUCAAGUUUCCCCGUACUUUUUGACAAGCGUUUUUGACAAAGCGACCAGAACUUCUUUGCAGCUCAAGUCGGCGGCGGUGUGUACGUACAGUUAACGCUCUAUUUGUUGACGGCUUUGAGGAAAAAGGAUAUGUGAAGCUCCUGCCACUGGGAGAAGCGGUCGCCGCCCAUUUGUGGCCGCGCACCCAUCAAAGCCGCGCAGAACGUCUUCAGCACUCCCGGAUCGUGCACACUCCGUCGCUGGCCAGGCUGCUUCUGCUUUACACACCAUGACCGGUACAACAGAAAAACGCAGGCCAAGGAAAACGACGCAAGUUUGUCAGACACGCUAUGUAUAUGUGCUGCCGAAGCGAGCACGAACUGAGAGAUUCGACGACAACUAUAUAUACCGAGGACCCCCAGACUGGAGAGGAGGACAUUUGUUCUUUUCCAACACUGGAUCUCUGCAGACAAUAAGACCUCUGCUGCUCAGCACCACCUGCUAAAACCUACAAAUAUAAUGCAGAAAAGGAAAGCUGAAUGCUUUUAAUUUGUGCAUUUUAAAGAAAGAAGUAAGUUGCAAAGAAAAUCAACUGGUCCUAAACAGGCAAAUCUGAGAGAGCCCUGGGAAAGACUGGGCUACUCCCCUCUGUUGUACAGAUGUGUCUGGAGUAAGAGCACAUCUGUUAGCUCUACAGCACUGUCAAAGAAAACUCUCUACUGAAGCUCUCAGACAGCCCAAUGGCUGGUAAAGAAAUGAAGAACAGGGGUGGUAAAAGUCUGAAGGAAGUUUAUACAGUUAACGAGGCUUUAAAGACCCUCUACCGGCAAAAAUUGCUCCCUCUGGAGAAGUAUUAUGAUUUCUCUGAUUUCCACUCAUCAAGCCUUGAAGAUGCAGACUUCGACAACAAGCCCAUGAUACUAGUGUUGGGUCAGUGCUCUACAGGCAAGACCACUUUCAUCAGAUAUCUUCUCGAACAAGAGUAUCCAGGAAGCAGAAUAGGCCCGGAACCAACAACUGACAGUUUCACUGCUAUAAUGCAUGGAGAGAUUGAGGGAAUUAUUCAUGGCAAUGCUUUAACUGUAGAUCCCGUCAAGCCUUUCCGCAAACUCAGCCCAUUUGGAACAACCUUCCUCAAUCGAUUCCAGUGUGUACAUCUACCCAACCGAGUCCUAGAGAGUAUCAGCAUCAUUGACACCCCAGGGAUCCUGUCUGUGGCCAAACGCAAAAUGAGUAGAGGGUAUGACUUUCCGGCAGUUGUCCGCUGGUUUGCAGAGCAUGUCGACCGCAUCAUCCUCUUGUGUGAUGCACACAAACUAGAGAUCUCUGAUGAGUUCUCACACACUAUAAUGGCAUUGCGAGGCAACGAGGACAAGCUCAGAGUGGUGCUCAACAAGGCCGACAUGGUGGACUCCCAGGAGCUGAUGCGAGUCUACGGCGCCCUCAUGUGGUCACUCGGUAAGGUGUUCUGCACUCCAGAGGUUCUGAGAGUCUACAUCGGCUCCUUCUGGUCCUCUCCAAUGCGUAUGACAGACAAUCGGAAAUUGUUUGAGCAAGAGGAGGCAGACCUUUUUGCAGAUAUCCAGAACCUGCCACGAAAUUCUGCACUGAGGAAGCUCAAUGAUCUGGUGAAACGAGCACGGCUUGUGAGGGCCCAUGCUUAUAUCAUUAGCUCUCUAAAAGAAGAGAUGCCUUUCGUUUUCUGCAGAGAAAAAAAGAAGAGAGAUCUAAUCUAUGACCUUCCCAUCAUCUACUCAAGAACUCAACAGAGGUAUCAGAUUUCACCUGGAGACUUUCCAGAUUGCGCCAAGAUGCAGGAGCGACUCAUGAGUCACGACUUCAAGUUUAAAGGCCUCAAGCCUAAGCUCUUAGCUGGGUUGGAUGAGCUCCUAAACACUGACAUUGCCAAGCUGAUGCCUCUUCUACGCCAAGAAGAAGAAGAGGCAGCAGAUGACCAACUUUUGGUGCAAGGAGGACCUUUUCUAGGGUCUCACAGCAGCCCUUUUAUUGUGGGGAACCCAUUUCAUCACUCUGGAUCCAAUGGAGAAAGCGAUCAGGUCUCGGAAGAAGGAUGGGUGAUAUCGAAAGACAAACCAAAGUUUGAUGAGAUCUUUUACAACCUCUCGCCUCAUGAGGGAAAGCUGAGUGGGACUAAAGUGAAGAAGUGGAUGAUGAGCACUCAUCUGCCCAGCUCAGUUCUGGGACGAAUCUGGAAGCUCGCAGAUGUGGACUGUGAUGGCAUGUUAGACGAUGAGGAGUUUGCUUUGGCCGGUCAUCUCAUUGAGGUGAAGUUGGAGGGCUUCGGGCUCCCUCGUGAGCUACCUGCACAUCUAGUGCCGCCCUCCAAAAGACGACGCAAGAGCUCUGGCACAGAGAAUAGAGACAAUGAUUAGUUUGCAUGUCUUAAUAAGGACCUAUUAUGUUUUUUUAAAAACAUUUUCAGCUUUAUUUCAUGUGUAAUGUUGCUGUUUGAGAGUGAAAAAGGUCUGCAAAGUUACAAAGCACAACUGACAGAAACAUUGUAGUCUUGAGUUUUUUUCUGUUAACGUACAUGUCACAAUAGUCCUCAUUUUAAUGAAUUUUUGUGGUUAAUUAAUUUUUUAUGGUUGAGUUGGAUUAAUAGUGUGCUGAAACUUGCGGUUCUGGUAAGGGGUGUGACAUUUCCGAAACAGGCAUGAAGUGGUUGAGCAAUCACAAUACACCGAUCCAGCCGAUCAUUCAGACAAAGCAUUACUGACUGGGAAGAGUGGUGCUGCAACAAUGUCAAAUAUGUGAAAUAACGUGUUUUUUGAACAUUCAAGUAUGAGAACCUAUUCUAGUAGACCCUGAAAACAAAAUAAAGACUUUGUAAAAGGUAUAAUAGGUCAUCUUCAAUGUUUUAGAUGACAGGGUUUAUUCAACAUGCAAGUCAUGACUAAUACUAAUGUAUAAUGCCUAAGAUCACUUAUAGUUUACAACGAUUGGAUGAAUAAAUCCUCCGUAGACAGAAACAGAUCUCAAAAGCUAAGUUGUUUUGACGGUUUAGAUUGCCAAAGGGUUGGGAACAGCUUGUACUGUCUUGGCUGGUUGCAGAAGCACCCUUGAGACUUGUUGCUAUGAGGCACAGAGAAAUGUUGAAACUUAGUUUGCAGAGCCUUAAGUGCCUUAUUACAUUCCAAACUGUAGUUGUCAAGUAAAAUUUAUUUAAAAAGCUGUUGGUUAAUAAGUAAUUAAAUAAUCUUUUUGUGUGUCCAUUU